GUUGUGCUCGUUUGAUUUUCAUGGCGGCGAAAUUGUUGUGGUUAACAACGCUUGAAUGCUUAUUAUGAAUAAUGAUAUCAAGUUACUAAUCGGGUCAAAAACAGACCAAGCCCAAGGAGCCAGCUUUAAUCUUGAUCCAAUUAACCCAUGGGAAGAAGAAUGCAAAUCUGUCACACAUAUUCGAAAUUGCUUAAUUUUUGCAGAGCAAAUGGGGUUUAAAACGCUGGUAAGUACUUUUAAAAACUAACAUUUUCCUCGGCCUCGGUAAAAGAAGGAAGGGGAGACUGCCACUUAAUUUGUAUCGGAAAUGGACGUCGGCGCAAUAGAAACAUAUUUUUUCAUGUUAGUGUAAUUUAUAAUUUAAAUAAUACAAGAGUCCCUAUGACCCUUACUAAGAUCUGACUCUGCCCUUUCACAUUAGAAGACAUCUUGGUACUUUGGUAAAAAAAAAAAAUUGUAAAAAUAAACCAAUGACCAAUGGCUUAGUUAAAUAGAGCUAAUUUUUUACAGAAUUAUAACACCCAAAUCAUAUUUUUAGCUAUUGUCAUUUUAAAGUUAUAAAUCUUUAAGUACGACUUCGUUUGGCUUUUUUUAACAUAUGGACCACAUCUCCACAUUCUGUGACCCAAUUCCGCUGUUUGCGCCACGAGCUAUAUUAUUCUCGUUUUAAUGAUAAUUUUAUACUUCUUUUAUUUUCAGAACUAAUGCUGUAUUAAAAAAUAAUUUUAAUAAUAUUAUAUUUAUACAAUUAUAAAUUAUAGAUAAAUUGUAGCUUAUCUAAUUAAGCAAUAUGUAUAUUAGUAAAUCUAAUAUAAUAUAACAUAUUAAUAUGUUUUUUUUGUUCACCAAAUCUACUGCGUUCAUUAUACCUAUAUAUUCUCUACAGUCUAUAUAAGGCAACGCAUGCCCUAAGUACUAAAAUACUGUUUGGAACUACUCAUUUUGAACUUUCAACUUUGGCACAUAAGUAAUUAGCUUUCCCUGACCAAUGGUUAAAUAUUUUUUGCGCACGGCAAACUUUUAUGAUUCACACGGCAAACUUUUAUGAAUCAAACUCUGAGAUAGAACGGCUGUGAAUAUCUGUCCAUGGCCCAUGGCAUGACAUUUGCACAUGGGAAAUUAUGAUCAUUUAUAAUAUGGACUCUACAGGGUUUUUUAAACCUCAAAUUAAAAUAUUAUUCUUUCAAUAACAUUUAAGUUCAUUCUAAAACAUAAUUUAUCAAAUAUUUUGAUGUAAAUAGUGGUAAUAAUUAAAUAUUUCCCAAGUAUCAGCAUCUUCCUCCAUUAAAAAGGGAGCGUGUCCCAUGCCAUGUCAAAAUUAGACUGAGCGACCUUAUGGUAAUGCAGGUUACAUCACGACCUACAUCAAUGAGAAUUGACACACAUAUACAUCAAUAUAUAAUGUUUUUCAAAAUUUAAUAUGAAAGACAUGAUCUUUAAAUUUCUUAAAACAUUUUUGAGGAAAAGGUGCCUUAUAUUGACAUACAAUUCUCCACACUUAAAGUUGAUAUAAAGAAGAAAAAAACUCAAUAUUGGCAAACCCAGUGGCCAUCAACAUUACCUGGUUCUACUGUAUAUCAAGUAACAUUUGUUUUAAAAUGUGUUUUAAUCAACACAAAAAAUGCAAAUGAAACAAGAAAUUGUGUAGUUUAAGGAUUAUGAUUAGGGGUGUGCCGGACCCCGGUCCGGAAUCCGGUUCCGCCGGAUUUUGCACUAUCCGGUGAAAUCCGGUUCCGCCGGAUUUACAUGUAUCCGGAACAACCGGAUUCCGGAAUAUACCGGAUUUCGGAAUUUGCCAGAUUUUGUGACUCACCGGAUCAUAAUCUGAAAUAAAAGUAAUUCUCUUUCCCGAAUUUCACACGAUCACGAUACAUUAAUCGAUUGUUUCGAGCGUUGAGCUUGUUUAAUGUUUAAUAUUCCGUACAUACCAGAGGCUAGAGUCAGCACCGCUAAUAGUGGCCAAUAGUGUAGGGACUUUGAUAAGAAAAUUUAAACUUUUUGUAAAAAUAAACCAAUGGCAUAGUUGAAAAGAUGUAAUUUUUUAAAGAAUUAUAACACCAAAAUCAUAUUUUUAGCUGUUGUAGUUUUAAAGUUAUGAAUUUUUAAAGUACGACUUGGUUUGUCAUUUUUUAACAUGGACUGCAUCUCCACAUUCUGUGAUCUCAUUCCACCAAUCCCGUCAUGCGCAAUGACUAUAUAGUUUAUAUAAGGCAACGCAUUCCCUGCCUUAUCACUAAAAUACUGUUUAGACUUAGUUUAAACUUUCAACUUUGGCACAUGAAUAAUUAAUUAAAGCUUUCCCUGACCAAUGGUUUAAUAGUUUUUGCACACGGCAAACUCUUAUGAAUGAAACUCUGAGGUAGUACUACGAUACAGUUAUGCAAGUGGCUGUGAAUGGUUGCCAAUGACAACGUGUUGCACACGGUAAAUUCUGAUCAUUUAUAAUAUGGAUUCUACCGGGUUGUUAAAGCUCAAAUUAAAACAUUCCAGUUUAAAUGUCUUUAAAUGCAUUCUGAAACACAAGUUAUCAAUUAUUUUGAUGUAAAUAGUGAUAAUAAAUUAAUAUUUCCUAAGUAUCGUCAACUUCCGCCAUUAAAAAGGGGGGCGUGGCCAACCCCAUGGCGAAAUUAGGUUGAGCGAGCUGCAUAACCUGCUGCGAACGCGUAGAAACAUGGCGUCUCUCGUAAGACACUUAUCCAAAUGGAACGGAACUCAAAUAUAUAUCGAAAGUACUAAUUUAAUAAUAAAUAGACACACACAUCGGAAAAUUAAAAACUCGGAUUUUUUGGCGCCGAUUGCGAAUUCCCAUACACAAAAAGUAGUAGUCCACCUUGACUUACCGAAGUAUCUACCAAUAGUACCAAAAUCCGGAAUCCGGGAGAAACCGGUAUCCGGAUCCGGCGGAUUUCGCAUAAGAAAAUCCGGAUCCGGAUCCGGUUGGAAAAAACGGAUCCGGCACACCCCUAAUUAUGAUUAAAGAUUUUGAUUCUAAGCUUCUUUCAGGUACAAAUUUUAAUUUUCUUUUUGAGAUCAUUGUAGAAUUCCACUUACAUCGAAAAUAUCAUUAUCAAUAAACCACGUAUGGAAGUAGAUGGCAAAGAGAAAUUUUAUGAGGGAAAGAUUUUGGGAUUCAUCAACAAGACCAAGUAGUGUGAAGAGCAGUUUAAGUAGAAAAUGACAGGCAGAAAUGACACACCUUUUAAAUUUUAAUUUCUUACUGGUAUGCUAGGAUUAGUCUUAUGGAUUAUUUUUCUUGACUAAUUUAUAUUUAAAAUUACAUGCUUUCAUUUUUAUAUUUAAAAGAUACUACUUAACUUUUUAUAAAUAUAAGAUUUGUUUUAAAAUUUAACACUAGCAUAAUAUAAUUAGUUAAAAUUCAAUAAACAUCAUUUUUUUUUUUCACCUUUACAAAUAACGAUUUUUCCGCUCACUCUUUUCUUAACAUACCCAAACUUAAAUUAUCCAAAAUACAAAGUCUUGAUGUUAUGUUAAAGUUUUGUUGUUCAUUGUGUUAUAAAUUGCAAUGAGAAUGUCUCCUGAAAAUUUGGUAGCAUUAUCUUUUAAAUUAAAAAAGUUGUGUGAAAAAUAAGGCAGAAAUUUGGAAAGUCAGUUACACGUUUUCACAGUUAAAAAAAGAUAAAUAAAGGGGUAUAAAAAUUUCACCAAAAAAAUCAUAAAUUGUUUUCAUAAAAGUUAGAAGAUGAAAUGGGUUUUUUUUUCACAAGUUUAUAGCUAGCCCUUUAAAAUUAUGCAUCAUUUAUGGCAAUAGGACAAUAUUGAAAUUUUUAGUCAAAGUACCUACUUACGGUGACACUCAUAUGAUUUACCCAAUGAGGGGAACUCCAUGUUUUUUUUUGCUGUGUCACUUUGACCAUUGGUAAGCUAUAAAUGUCCUAUAUAUAUAUAUAUUUUUUUUUUUAUAGCUAUUUUAACAUUAUCGGAACCUAAAAAAUACUAUUAACCAUAUCAAUUGGAUCUGGAAUAACUUUGAAAUUGUCAAUUUACCCUUUUCCCCUGAAUGUUAGACCUUUAACAUGUCAUUCACUCCCCCUUCACAGGACAGAAUAAAUAAAUUUUGCCAUUUUCUCUACCUUCACCAGGAACGGAAUUAGCUCUCGAUUAUACUUGAUGCGAGAGUUUUAAUAUUCUGUUGUCUUUAAAUAACUGAAUAAAUCUUAAGUAAAUUUUAAAAUGUAAUUUUAGAAUACAAAAAUUUAAUUUCAGUUUGCUUCCACCUACUAUUACUAAAAUUUUAAAAAUAGUUCUAGUGGGCAGUAGGCCCUACCCUACAUGAUAGUGUAUAUUUUAAUAGGCUUAAGUCUAAUUAUUACUAAUAAACUAAUACUAACAACUGCAUCUACAUUUAAAGGCCUGAUUUAAGUUAGUAUUUAAAAAAAAAAUUAAUUAGGCUUUUAAUUAUAAAUGAAAGGCAUCAAAUAAACAAAUAAGACUCAACAUCAUCAUAGCAUUUACUUUUUAUUGGGACAUAGGAAAAACAAUUUACAGUUACAUAGACAAAUAUUUAAUAUUUCUAAUAAAUAAUGUAAAAGAAAUGAGUUUUACUAAAGAAAAAUAGUUGGCAAAAUUUUCCUGCCCCUAUUUUGGCAUUAAUUUAAAGUCGCCAAUUACUAUUUCAAUAUUAUGUCAUGGUGCCUCGUGAUAGAUCUUUUACAGCAUCUCAUUGUUUAUAUUGAUUUUAUUAUCAGCAUGGGAGUUUCUUGACAUUAUCAUAUAUUUUGUCUUCGGUUCAUUUAUAUCAAGGGCAGCUUUGAAUGAGGCAUUUUCAAGUUCCCUGAAUGCUUUAAUUAUGUCAUUAUGGUUUCUACCCAGUAGUGCUAUAUCAUCUCCAUAUGCCAGGUACUGCAAUGGUUGGCUAUAUAAGGUUCCUGAUGGUCGUUGUUCUGUAGUAUCUCUCUGGAAGUAGUUUGUUAUGGUUCCACUGGUGCUAAACGUGUAUGCUUCUAAUAACUUUUUCUAUCAUGAUGUUAAACAGGAUACAUGAUAGUGAGUCUCCUUGUCUGAGGCCCCGAUUAACUGGGAACUCCCUAGAGUAUUCUCCCUGUACCUUGAUUCAUAUGUAUGAGCCGAGUAAGCGUGUUAGGGACUCCAAGUUCUUGUAGAGCAGUGGUUCUCAACCUUCCUAGUGCCGCGACCCUUUAAUACAGUUUCUCGUGUCAUGGCGACCCCCAGCCACACAAUUAUUUUCGUUGCUACUUCAUAGCUGUAAGGAUAUGUGUUUUCAGGUGGUCUUAGGCGACCCCUGGAAAAGGGUCGUGCGACCCCUUUGGGGGUCGCGACCCACAGGUUGAGAACCGCUGUUGUAGAGCAUUGUAUAAGUAAUACCUGUUUACGCUACCGUAUGCUGUUUUGUAAUCCACAUAUAGUUGGUGUAUGUCCAUGUUAUAUUCGUAGCAUUUCUCCAGGAGACAUCUUAUAGUGAAAAUAUCCGUGGUUGACCUAUUCUGCCGGAAUCCACAUUGAUAGUCCCCUAGGAUCUGUUCACUAUACUUUUCCAAUUUUCUCGCUAUAAGUUUUGUGAGGAUUUUGUACAUUACAUUAAGAAGGGAGAUAGCUCUAUAGUUUGAGCAGAUCAACUUAGAUCCUUUUUUGUGGAUUGGGAUUAUGAGUGCCGUGUCCCAUUCAGUUGGCAUUUCUUCCUCCUGCCAGAUUCUGGUUAUAAGUUCGUGUAUUUGCUUAUGCAGUUCGUUACCACCUAGCUUUAUGAUGUCUGCAGGGAUAAGGUCUAUUCCUGGGGCUUUGUUAUUUUUCAUGGUGGAGAUUAUUUAUUUCACUUAAUGUUGGUCGGUUGACCAGUGGGUCCGGUCCUCCUUGUGGCGGAGUGUAAUCCUCAUUGGUUCCUCCACCUGAGCCAUUCAGUAAGCCUUCAAAGUGUUGUGCCGAUGUCUCCAGUACUCUACUGCUCUCUGUGAUCAAUUCUCCAUCCGUGCUUUCACACAUGUGGGAUCUUGCUUGAAAGCCAUUCUUUUCCUGCUUUAUCUUCAGGUACAUUCCCCUCACAUCUCUUUCUUUUGCCAACUCUUAUAUCUCUACUAUUUUUGUUUUUUCCCAAACACGUUUUUCUUUCUGCAAAUUUUGCUGGCCACACUUCUUGCUUCAUUAUAUAAUUGUUGUGUUCUGCUUUUUUCCCUUUGUAGCAGAAUUUCAUGCAAUGCAGCAAAAAAUAUUUUAUAUUUAAUUAGUUGAUUUUUAAGUUUGCUAAGCUCCUGCUCUAAACAGGCUUAAUUAAUACUUUCAAGUCGCAAUACCAGACCUGUUUACUCUUACGAUUUUGGCAUAAAAUGUACGAUUUUGAGAUAGUUUUUACCAUUGUAUGCCAAGACCUGACAGAACUAUGAUUUUAAGAGACCUGAUUGAAAAUAUAAUCAUUCCCGUAGUUUUUUCUGAUAAUAAGAAAAAUCAUUAAAAAGUACAUUUUUCGGAUAUUAGUUUUAACUUGCAUUUGCACUCUGUGUCUAGCAGUGAAUGGAUCGAGAAAUAUGAUUGGUUGGGGACCAUCUAUAAUUAUAUUAUGUUUGCCUUGAAAGGGGAAUGGUGUUGUGAGAUUUGUCAAGUAAUUUACUGUGUAGUUCCAAAACUAUAUAAUCACUCCUUAUUCAUUCACUAUGAAUAUGUACGUCCACUCUGAUCUAAAGUAUCUACUCCAAAUCUAUCACUCUUUGUCUCCCAUGAUUCAGUUAUUUUUUUAUCUCCUUUCAUGAUUUUAUUUGUACCUUGUGUAUUCUAUUUUUAGAUGUUUUACGCCCUGAGUCGUUACAUACACCAUCAUAACACAUUGUCACAAAGUCCUUGUUUUUAUAUUUUUUAAUAAGUAACAUCUGGGAAAGAAAUGUCUCGAUUUUAGUUUUUCAAAUUACAAUUUUCAGAAGGACCAGUCAAAGUGUGUCCAAGCACUUGCUGAAUCACAUUCAUCUAAAAUAAUAGCUCUUCAAAAAGCAAUAACAGUUACAAACAAGGCCUUAAUAAAGGUGAGUUUUCAGUCAACAAAAAAGUCCCUUAGAUUUCUUUUAUCAUGUUGUAUUAGAGAAAUUUGACAAAGGUGAGCAGAUAUCUCAAUGUGUAAAAUUCCCAUAAAUACAUAAUAAAGUAAUGUUUAUUAUAUAAUAUAAAAAUAUUGUAAAUUGAAAUUUGCACAACUAAAAAAAAUCUCAAAUGAAAUACUGAAAAUCAGAUUGGAAGUGAAAAAUAUUGCAGAACCUUGAUAUUGUCUUGCCAUGUCUGUAGAAUGCCACCAACCUCGUUUUGGUGGACAGAAUUCAGAUGUACAGCCCAGGGAAAAAUAAACCAUGUAUGAUCCAAAGUAACCUGGUGCAGAACAAUAUAAAGACAUUAAGGAGAAAAACCUGAAUCAGUGCAAGCUCUCACAAAAUAAACUGAUAAACAGAAGAAGCAUUCCUUGGCCAUUGCCUCGGCUGGAGGACUGGCACAAACGGGGCAUUACAGGAAACAAUAAUUUGCACUUAUAUCCAACUGUUUAAUAUCAGUUUAUUUAUUGUAUGAUUGACUGAAGCAAAUCAAAAUCAGAUUAUAUUAAACAAAAUUUCAUUUCUUUGAAUUAGUGUUUUAUAAAUAGAUAUGAGGGUUAGAAAAUGCCUAGAAGUAAGUACUUCAAAAAGUGUCCUCAGAACAAUUGGCAAUAGUAGGAAGCAAGCUGUGAAAUUACGUUAUUCGUUAAAAUAUGUAUUAGUGCAGUGGCUCUCAACCUGCCGUGACCCUUUAAUACAGUUCCUCAAGCUGUGGUGACCCCGGACUCAUAAAAUUAUUUUCGUUGCUACUUCAUAAAUAUGUGUUUUCUGAUGGUCUUAGGCAACCCCUGUGUAAGGGUCGUGCAACCCCCAAAGGGGUCACGACCCACAGGUUGAGAACCACUGUAUUAGUGUGGAUGUUGUUUAGUACUAGUUCUUUUAUCAAAAUAAGAAAACUUUUACUGUAGAUUUUGAUAAUUUUCAGGCAAAUGAAGCUGUUUCCAAACUUACUAAAGAGAAAGAGAUGGUUGACAUAUUGCACUUGGAAAUAAUUGGUGGGUACACACAAAUAUUAAACAGAAAAACAUUUCGCAUGAGUUUUCACAUCUUUAUUUGAUCCUCUUUAUCUGAAUUAUUUUUAUUUUGCAUUUUAGUUUACCAAAACUUGUGAUUGUGUGUACACUUUCAUUUUUUCAGAAAGACGGAUAAAUAUGGUGAAAGAAAUAUGCUCCGAGUUAGAUUCUAUACUGCAGAAUACUCAUUUCUUGAUCAAUCGUCUACAAAAACCAUUUGUCGGAAAUCAUAUAAAAAUGAAUGCUGCACAUCAUAGGUAAAAAUCAUUGGUUACAGCAAAUAAUUGUAGAAGCAGUAAAACUUUGUUAUUGAGUAAGACAACAUCUUCUUGAAGAUUAUGCACCUAAAUGUUCAUAAAAUACUUACACAAAAAGAGUUGCAUCAUAAAUAAAUAUUAUUCAAGAUGAUUAUAUUCAUAACUAAUUUAACCAUAACUUUUAGUGAAAUAAAGGUAGGUGUUUUGCGGACAGCUUCUAACACUCACAUUUACAUCAUCAAGGCCUUACUCGGCAUAUUUUCUUUUAACAUCAAUGCAGAUCUACAGUAAAGACAAAAAAAACUAAGAUUUAUCAGUGAUACAAUUUAAAAAUAAAUCUUAUAGGUUAGGGAAUGCAUUUUCUAAAUCCCUUGCACCCUGCAACUCUUUUUUUUCUUCAGGUUCAUAAAUCCAUGAAUUCAAAUUUAUUUACCACAUCCUAUUUAUCUAUAUUUAUAUACAUAUAAAUAAAGAUAGACAACAGGGAAUGGCAAAACAUUGAAGUGACAAGAACACUUUGCAGAAAAUAGUGUUUCAAAUAUCCUUUUAACUUUGUCAUUAUUUCACGAUCUGCCACUCUAUUAUUAUAAUUUUCAAAUGCACCUUUAAUUUUUAGCUGUUUGCCGUGAAAGGGAAUUUAUCACUAGUGCUGUAAAGUUUUUUCAUCACCAUGACUAUUUAUCAUGAUUUAUUAUUUCCUUUGCCAUUCUUAAUCUUCCACUGUUAAAUCGUAUAUUAUUAAUAUAUUAUCUCCUAGGUACGCCAACGAGGUGUUUAUGCAACUUGUUCCAACACUAAAUGAUGUCAGCUUACAUUUAGAUAAUAUCACAUGGGCAGCAAAUAAUGAUUUCUCUGCUGCACAGUUGGUAAGACAAACUUAUUUAAGAUCUGAUGUUAUCAUUACAGGUAUCACAAAAAAAAAAUAAUAAUGAAAGAUAAAGGUUUAGUGAACGAUAAUAAAAAAAACACAAUUUUUGUUAUGCUUGUAAUUCUUUUAUGUAACUUUUUUAAAAAAAUGAUUAAUUGCAUUUCUGAAAAUUUGACAACGAAUAAAUUUGCAAAUAUAUUUUUAAAAUGCAGGAUUGCCUCUUAGUGAAGGUUCAAAGUUGUAAAGCCUCAGUCCAAACAUCAUACCACACACUGUCUCAAAUGAACCAUGGCAUUCAGAGUUUGAGACACAAUAGUGAUGAUCAAGCGGAUAGGAAUGUGUCUGACGAAUCUCUGUCAACCCUUUGAACACUGGACCCCUUUGUUUUUCUAAGGAUUUAAAAAAAAAUUUUGUUUGCAUAUUUGUGAGCAUAGUACUCUACUUUGAUUUAUAUUAGUGUAGAUUCAGUUGAACUCUACAUUAAACUUGGGGCCAUCCAUGUAUAACAUAUGCAAUGCAUUGGAG